UUUUUGUUGGAUUUUUUUGGGUACUUUUCUGGGCUUUUUUUAUUUUUGGGGUUUUUUGGGGGGGUGUUUUUUGGGGUUUUUUUUUGUGUUUUUUGUUGUGGUUUUUUGGGUUUUUUGGUUUUGUUUGUUUAUUUUUUUGGGGUUUUCUGGGGAGGUUUUUUUGGGGGUGGCUUUUUGGAUUUUUUGUGUGUUCUUUUGUGUUUUUUUUUAUUUUUUGGGGUUUUUUGGGUUAUUUUAGGGUUUUUUUUGUGUUUUUUGUUGUUUUUUAUAUUUUUGGUUUUUUGGGGAGGUUUUUUGGCUUUUUGGUGUGGUUUUUUGUGUUUUUUUAUUUUUGGGUUUUUUUGUGGGCUUAUUUUGGGUUUUUUUGGGGGUUUUAUGGUUUUUGGGUUUUUUGAUUCUUUUUUGUGAUUUUCUGGGGAGGUCUUUUUGGGGGUGGCUUUUUGGUUUUUUUCUGUGUUCUUUUGUGUUAUUUAAUUUUUUGGGGUUUUUGUGGGGUUAUUUUAGGGGUUUUUUUUGUUUUUUUGUGUUGUUUUGUUGUUUUUUUAUUUUUUUGGGUUUUCUGGGGAGGUUAUUUUGGGGGUGGUUUUUUGGGUUUUUUAUUAUUAUUUUUUUAUUUUGUUUUUUUUGUGGGGUUAUUUUAGGGGUGUUUUUUGUUGUUUUUUAUUUUUUGUGGUUUUUUUGUGUGGUUUUUUUGUGUUUUUAUUUUUUGGAUUUUUUGUGGGGUUAUUUUAGUUUUUUUGGGGGUUUUAUGUUUUUUGGGUUUUUUCUUUAUUUUUUAUGAUUUUCUGGGGAGGUCUUUUUGGGGGUGGCUUUUUGGGGCUUUUGUGUGUUCUUUUGUGGUUUUUUAUUUUUUGGGUUUUUUGUGGGGUUAUUUUAGGUUUUUUUGUUUUUUGUGUUUUUUGGGGUUUUUUGUUUAUUUUUUGUGGUUUUCUGGGGAGGUUAUUUUGGGGGUGGCUUUUUGGUUUUUUUCUGUGUUCUUUUGUGUUUUUUAAUUUUUUGGGUUUUUUUAUGGGGUUCUUUUCCUUUUUUUUGUUUUUUUUUUGCGUUUUUUGUUGUAUUUAAUUUUUUGGGGUUUUUUGGUUUUUUAUGUGUUUUUUGUGGUUUUUUUUUUAUUUUUUGGGGUUUUUUAUGGGGUUAUUUUAGGGGUGGUUUUUUGUUUUGUUUUUUAUUUUUUGCGGUUUUUUUGGCUGGGUUAUUUUGGAGUUUUUUUGGUUUUUUGUGUGUUUUUUUGUAGUUUUUUGGUUUUUUAUUUUUUGAGGUUUUUUGGGGAGGCUAUUUUCGGGGUGGUUUUUUGGUUUUUUGGUGUGUGUUUUCUGUUGUUUUUUAUUUUUUUUGGUUUUUUGGUGGGGUUAUUUUGGAGGUUUUUGGGAGGUUUUGUGUGUUUUUUGUGGGUUUUUUGUUGUUUAUUUUUUGGGGUUUUUUGGCGGGGUUAUUUUGGAUGCUUUUUUUGGUUUUUGUGUGUUUUUUAUUUUUGUUUUUUUUAUUUUUUAGGUUAUUUUGGGGGGUUUUUUGUUGUUUUUUUGCAUUUUUUUCUGGUUUUUUUGUUUGUUUUUUAUUUUUUGGGGUUUAUUUUGGGUUUUUUUUGGGUUUUUUUUUUUUUGCAUUUUUUUGCAGUUUUUUGUUUUUUAUUUUUUGGGGUUUAUUUUGGAGUGAUUUUUUGGGUUUUUCUGCCUUUUUUUUGUUUUUUAUUUUUUGGGGUUUAUUUUGGGGCUGUUUUUUUUGUGUGUGUGUUUUUUUGUUUUGUUUUUGUUUUUUGGGUUUUUUUGUUUGUUCUUUGGGGGUUUUUUGUUUUUUGGGUGGGUUUUUGUGGUUUUUUUGUUUUGUUUUUGCUUUUUUGUUGUUUUUGGGGGUUUUUUUGUUUGUUUGUUUUUUGGGUUUUUUGUUUUUUUCAUUUGUUUUUUGUUUUGUUUUUGGGUUUUUUUUUGUUUUUUGGGUUUUUUGUUUUUUUCAUUUGUUUUUUGUUUUGUUUUUGGGGUUUUUUUUUGUUUUUUGGGUUUUUUGUUUUUUUCGUUUGUUUUUUGUUUUGUUUUUGGGGUUUGUUUUUUUUGUUUUUUGGGUUUUUUGUUUUUUUCGUUUGUUUUUUGUUUUGUUUUUGGGGUUUGUUUUUUUUGUUUUUUGGGUUUUUUGUUUUUUUCGUUUGUUUUUUGUUUUGUUUUUGGGGUUUGUUUUUCGUUUGUUUUUUGUUUUGUUUUUGGGGUUUGUUUUUUGUUUGUUUUUUUUUGUUUUUUGGGGUUUUUUGUUUGUUUUUUUGGUUUUUUUGUGUUUUUUUUGUUUAUUUUCUUUUGUUUUGUUUUUUUUCUUUUCUUUUUUUUUUUUUUUUUUUUGCUGUGCUUCCUCCUCCCUUUGGGUCCCAUUUGCAGCAGGUUCCAUCCCAGCUGACGCUCUACCCUUCCCCCCUUGCAGCAUGGAGAUGUAUUUCCCCCAGAACGACUCGUGGAUCGGGCUGGCCCCCCUGAGCAUCCCCCGCUACGAGUUUGGCAUCUGCGUGCUGGAGCAGAAAAUCUACGUGGUGGGGGGCAUUGCCACCCACGUGUGCCAGGGCAUCAGCUACAGGAAACACGAGAGCUCCGUGGAGUGCUGGGACCCCGACACCAACACCUGGAGCUCCCUGGACAGGAUGUUCGAGAGCCGCAGCACGCUGGGGGUGGCUGUGCUGGCUGGAGAGCUCUAUGCCCUGGGGGGCUACGAUGGCCAGUCCUACCUGAGGAGCGUGGAGAAGUACAUCCCCAAGGUCAAGGAGUGGCAGCUGGUGGCCCCCAUGAGCAGGACGCGGAGCUGCUUCGCUGCUGCUGUGCUGGAUGGGAUGAUCUAUGCCAUUGGGGGGUAUGGGCCUGCCCACAUGAACAGCAUGGAGCGCUACGAUCCGAGCAAGAACUCCUGGGAGACCGUGGCCUCCAUGGCUGACAAACGGAUAAACUUUGGGGUGGGGGUCAUGCUGGGCUUCAUCUUCGUGGUGGGGGGACACAAUGGGGUGUCCCACCUGUCGAGCAUCGAGAGGUACGACCCCCACCAGAACCAGUGGACGGUGUGCCGGCCCAUGAAGGAGCCCAGGACAGGCGUGGGGGCGGCAGUGAUCGACAACCACCUGUACGUGGUGGGGGGACACUCGGGCUCCUCCUACCUGAACACGGUGCAGAGGUACGAGCCCAUCUCCGACUCGUGGCUGGACUCGGCGGGGAUGCUCUACUGCCGCUGCAACUUCGGCCUCACGGCACUCUGAGGGCACUGAGCCCGGCCUGGCAGAGCCGAGCCUGGCAGAGCCCGGCCUGGCUGGAGCCCGGCCUGGCAGAGCCGAGCCUGGCAGAGCCCGGCCUGGCUGGAGC